AUGAUUUGCAUUCAAGCCAUGUUGGAAACGAUUAAUAUUUUAACAGUUACAAUCUUCACUGACUUCCUUAUUCAGCGACGAUUUCCAUUUUUGAUCAUCAUGUCUGUAACACCUGAUACUGUUGAAAGACUUCCUACUGAAAUGAUUUCUCACAUUGUGAAUUCACUUCGAGUAGUAAUGUCACGCAUCAGUUGUAUAUUUAAUUUCAAGUUAACCAUUCGUCUAUUUAAUAAGGACGAUAAUUCUCUCAACCUACCCAUUUCAUCUACCAACCCUACCCAAAGUCAACUUGCCAACAUAGUUGUCAACAUUCUUCAACAAUUUUUCGGCUCUUACUAA